AUUUUGCAAUUUAAGGAAAUUUAUUUAAAAAAGUUCACUGCAGUUUUUUAAUCAUAUCUUUAUGAUAAAUGUAACUGGCCUUUUCUCCAUUUCAGAGACAGGAAGUGUGUUUAAAGAUCCACGCUGUACAUCAUGUACACAGGGUUCACUCGAGGCCACGAGCAGCAAAACCAACACUUCAUUACAGAACAGAAAUAAAACACAAUCACCAGCGCCACCGUAAUCCCACAACUUCAGCUCUUUCUGGUGUUGAUCUUUUAUCGAGGUGAACUUAAGUGUGAAAUGUUCAUCAAAUGAUCAAAGCUUUUUUUUUUUAAACCAAUGUGAAAGGUGAAGUUGGUCGUGUUUGGGUUUUGUUUAUUAAACAGCCCUAAAGUUACACUUCCACUACAAAUGUCAUGUUUUAGACUUUGUUAGAUUUUGAAAUCUGACUGGUGUGGAAAUAUUCAGAAGGCCACUAAAUCUAAGAAAAAGCACUGAUAGUGAAGAAAGACCACGAUACUGUCGUUACACACGCUCCGUUUAAAUAGAUAAAAUAACUCGCUUUUUUAAACAUCUGUUAAUUACACAAUAGAGAAACAUUUCUUCCAAUUCAUAUUUACAAUAAAGUUCUUUUUUUCCCGAAGUGACGGGGAUGGCACGAGAGGAACGUUCAUUUGUUAGUGAAGGAAAAACAAAACAAAAGAAAUGAAUUCCACUGACAGAUAUGAAGAAAUACCAUAAACAUGUUUAGUAAAAAGUAAAUAAUUUAAAAACACACGUAGUUAUUUACACGUUGCAGGAGGGACACGUUUCACACGUGAGCUGAAGCUGAAAACACACAGUGCUAAAGAAGGAGAAACGCAGGAAACGUGACCAUCAGUGUUCCUGUCGAGUAACGAGUCAAAAUAAACUCAACAUUGUCUUCUUUUAUCAAUUGCAUUGAAACUGGCUUUGUGGCUUUCAGUAGUAAAUCACGUGGAAAGCUGAGGUGGUGGCCAUGUUGGCACAGGUGAGAAAGUCUUGGCACCCUAUUGUUUUAUCAUUUGUAAUCUAAUGAUUUUGUAUUUUCAUUUUUAGCACAGUUAAAAACACACACUGAUUUUGAACUUUAUGUCCAAUUUACAGAACUUUCUCAAAAACUGCUUUUUGAACUGAACCAAUAUUCUUUUUUCUUCUUUAAAUAAAGGAGAGCAAGUUAGCAGUUUAUUCCAACUUAAUCAAUAAAGUCAUUCCUGAAACUGUGUAUGAAAACAUCUGAAAUUAGUCCAUCAAUCCAGCAUGAAUUCCCACUUAACUCCCAGUGUUCCCAGUGUUCAUCACUGUGACCCUGAUUGGGAUAAAGCACUCACUGAAAAUCAAUGAAUAAAUGACAUUAGCCCUAUUCAUUCCUACUGCUCAGUAUUUAAACUCCUCUAUAGUUUAGAUUCAUACACAAACCUAAAGCUAGCAGACUCUGCCUCAGCCGUGGUCUGACUUUCACACCUGUGUGAACACACCUACACACACUGAGCUGGGUAGCUUUCAAACUGGGUCUAUUCUUAUUUACAGUGUUUGACUCCAAAAGGCAACAAAUAUGUGUAAUAAGGCAGAUCUAUAUUUAUAUAUAAUUCUGUUUUCCCUCUGAGAAAUAAAUGUCUUCACGUGCCUCAGGGAUGCCAUAGCCCUUAAAAUUCCUCUGAUAAUGUUAUAUACAAGAUGUCAGAACGGCGCUAAUACAACAUCCCUACAAGUCAGGAGAUCAGUAGUGAAGUGACCUUCAAUUCCUCACUUCAACACUUUAUCGCGCAGUCUAUGGGUUGUGUGUGAUAAACAUUAAUUUAUCAUCUUUAUUGUGUGUGUGUGUGUGUGUGUGUGUCUGAACAGAACAAUGCAGAUUUUUUAGCUUACCUAAAGAGAGGUUGAGUCACGUGACACGAUUAGGGAUUCAGGGCAAAUUUUAAAUCGUGAAUGUCUUACUAACGCUCGUGUUAAUGUUCAGUAAAAUCUCAGCUCAUCUCGAGUGUUCUCUCGUCUCGCGGAGUCACACUUAUGAAGGGGACAUGAAGGACUUCUAAUGGUUUGAUUGUCUUUACAGUUAAAGAAAAAAACAGAACUCAUUCUGCGUGUAAAAUUAAAGAGCUGGCUUGCGACGAUGACAUUUUCACAGCGAUGCCCACUCAAACAUUUCCACAGCGAUGCCACUCAUACAUUUCCACAGCGAUGCCACUCAUACAUUUUCACAGCGAUGCCCACUCAAACAUUUCCACAGCGAUGCCCACUCAUACAUUUCCACAGCUAUGCCCACUCAUACAUUUCCACAGCGAUGCCCACUCAUACAUUUCCACAGCGAUGCCCACUCAUACAUUUCCACAGCUAUGCCCACUCGUACAUUUCCACAGCGAUGCCACUCAUACAUUUCCACAGCUAUGCCCACUCGUACAUUUCCACAGCAAUGCCCACUCGUACAUUUCCACAGCUAUGCCCACUCAAACAUUUCCACAGCUAUGCCCACUCAUACAUUUCCACAGCAAUGCCCACUCAUACAUUUCCACAGCUAUGCCCACUCAUACAUUUCCACAGCGAUGCCACUCGUACAUUUCCACAGCGAUGCCACUCGUACAUUUCCACAGCUAUGCCACUCGUACAUUUCCACAGCGAUGCCCACUAAUACAUUUCCACAGGGAUGCCCACUCAUACAUUUCCACAGCAAAGCCACUCAUACAUUUUCACAGCGAUGCCCACUCAUACAUUUCCACAGCAAAGCCACUCAUACAUUUCCACAGCAAUGCCCACUCAUACAUUUGCACAGCAAUGCCACUCAUACAUUUCCACAGCAAAGCCACUCAAACAUUUCCACAGCGAUGCCCACUCAUACAUUUUCACAGCGAUGCCCACUCAUACAUUUCCACAGCGAAGACACUCAUACAUUUCCACAGCGAAGCCACUCAUACAUUUCCACAGCGAUGCCCACUCAUACAUUUCCACAGCGAAGCCACUCAUACAUUUCCACAGCGAUGCCCACUCAUACAUUUCCACAGCGAUGCCCACUCAUACAUUUCCACAGCGAUGCCCACUCAUACAUUUCCACAGCGAUGCCACUCGUACAUUUCCACAGCGAUGCCCACUCAUACAUUUCCACAGCGAUGCCACUCAUACAUUUCCACAGCUAUGCCCACUCAUACAUUUCCACAGCGAAGCCACUCAAACGUUCCCCGUAA